AAGUCAACUCUCUGACACAGUCAUUAUUAAUCCUGGACUAGAAAUUAGCAUAGACGAGAAAACAAGAAAAGAAGAAGAAGAAAAGCAUGACUGCUCAGACUCCCAUUAUACCUCUUCUUACUCCUUACAAGAUGGGAAACUUCAAUCUUUCUCACAGAAUAGUUUUGGCACCAUUGACCAGAACGAGGUCGUAUGGCCAUAUUCCUCAGCCACAUGCUGCCAUAUAUUAUUCGCAGAGAACCACCAAUGGCGGUCUCCUAAUAGCUGAAGCGACUGGAGUUUCUGAAACUGCUCCUGGGCUCCCUCACACGCCGGGGAUAUGGACAAAAGAGCAAGUUGAGUCGUGGAAACCAAUCGUAGAUGCUGUUCAUGAGAAGGGUGGAAUCUUCUUUUGUCAACUUUGGCAUGCAGGGAGGGUUUCAUUUCCAGGCGUACAGCCAAAUGAGCAAGCUCCAAUCUCCUCUACCAACAAGCCUUUAACUACUAAAUUUGAACUUGAUGGAAUUGAUGUUUCACAGUUCACUCCACCAAGGCAGCUAAGGGUAGAUGAAAUUCCUCAAAUUGUUAAUGAUUUUAGAAUUGCAGCAAGGAAUGCCAUUGAGGCUGGUUUUGAUGGAGUUGAGAUCCAUGGGGCUCAUGGUUACCUAAUUGAACAGUUUCUGAAAGAUCAUGUUAAUGAUCGAAUAGACCAAUAUGGUGGAUCCCUUGAAAAUCGUUGCAGAUUUGCAUUGGAAGUAGUCGAAGCUGUUGCUAGUGAGAUAGGAGCAGACAAGGUUGGAAUAAGGUUGUCUCCUUUUUUAGACUAUAUGGAAUCUGGAGACUCAAACCCAACAUCAUUAGGCAUGUACAUGGUUGAAUCUUUAAACAAAUAUGGGAUUGUUUACUGCCACAUGGUUGAGCCUAGAAUGAACACAGCUGAAGAAAAAUAUGAAGGUCCUUACAAUCUUCUGCCAAUGAAAAAGGCUUUUAUAGGUACCUUUAUGGCUGCUGGGGGCUAUGACAGGGAAGGUGGGAAUAAUGCCAUCACUGAAAAUCGAGCAGAUCUUAUUGCUUAUGGUCGUUUGUUUUUAGCCAAUCCAGAUUUACCCACAAGAUUUCAGCUUAAUGCUUCUCUCAACAAAUACAAAAGAGAGACAUUCUACAUUCCUGAUCCUGUUGUUGGUUAUACUGAUUAUCCGUUUCUUGAUGAGAAUGUUGCUUAAUUAGGUUUUCAAAGGAUGAUAUGGGGGAAUUUUUAGUAAUUCAUUAUAAAUACAACCAAAAAUAAAAGUUUAUUGAGAGAUAUCUUAUUAUUUA